CACACCCUUGCAUUUCCCUGCAGUCUCAUCAGGCUGAUCCUUGAAGUGGAACUAUAUAUUUCAACAGGGUAUGCAGCAAAAAGUCUACUGCCAACAGUAGAUAGUGCAUGUCAGGGGCGGACUGACAACUCAUGGGGCCCCCAGGCAAUAGGGGAUCAUGGGGCCCCUGUGUCCUUGCCCAAACUCAAAAAAGCCUAUGAAAAAGGUACCAGGGGCAUCUCAUGGGGCCCCCUACUGACCCCCGGCCAUCGGGCAGUGCCCGAGUUUCCAAAUGGUCAGUCCGCCCCUGGUGCAUGUACU